AGAGCUCUCGCCGCUGUAUGCGCUGCAAGAGCUGCUAUAAAUUCAUCUAGUCAUCGUCUUAACACCAGCAUUGCAAAGGCACAGCAUCGUCUAACACCAGCAUUGCAAAGGCACAGCAUGGCUGCUGCGCCAGCAGCACCGCUACCUCCCAGCAUGGCUGCACCACAACCCGCAGCCGUCUCCGUAGUGCUGCCGGUCUAUAACGCAAUGCCCUACCUCACGGUAGCCAUACGAGACAUUUUACGUCAGGAAGUCGAGGGUGGCCUCGAGUUGAUCUGUGCGUGGGACGGCGGCGACGUGGAUGCGUGGGAGUUUCUGGUCGAGGUCGCGCAGCGGUGCGGCCGCGUCGAGGUCGUCGACGCGCCGGCGCCGCCGACGUCCUCAAAACCGAGCGCAACAAGUGACGUCCCGGCCUGGGCGCCGUCCCAGAACCCGGCCCGCAGCGCGGCACCGCGCCACGACGAAGACGCGGACCACCCGGCUGUUGAAAAGUCGCCGUGCGAACCGCUGAGUGCGGACGCCGUCGCCGCGGCGCGUCAAGCGAAUAACACGCUGCGCGCCGUGAAAUACCGGGACGGUCUCAACAGAGGCCAGGGCGCGGCCAUGUCGCUCGCGCUGGCGCGGUCGACGGCGCCGCUGAUCGCUCAGAUGGAGGCCGACGAUAGAAGACCCAACCCAAGGGCCUUCGCCCUCAUGGUCGACGCGCUGCGAGCCAACGGGUGGGACGGCUGCUGCUCCGACGCGCGGCCGUUCGGGGCGACGGGCCGGAUGAGAGCCUACUGCGACUGGCAGAAUAGUUUGACGCGGCCGGCGGAGCUCGCGUCCAAUCGGUUCGUGGAGAUCCCCGCGCUCCACCAGACGGGCGUGUUCACGCGGGCGGCCGUCGACGCCGUGCUGAACGCGACGGGGGGCUGCUACCGCGACGGCCCGGCGCCGCCCUUUGCGCAGGACGGCGCCGUCGGAUCUACGUUGGACGUGCCCGUGGACCUCUGGUGGUGGCUCGAGUUCUUCGCCCGGGGCCUCACGUGCGGCCGCGUGCGGUCGCCGCCUGUGUGGAAAUCAGCCAGUGCGGUCGCGUCGAUGGCGUGGGGCUACUGAAAUCUGAUUUCCACACAGGUCGCCGCCCGCCACCGACGAAGAGCUACCAGAGACGGCACUCUUCGGCUGGCGCCAGCACCCGCGCCAGAAGACGCGCGUCCACGGGCGCCUCUCGCUGGAAAACCUGCGGGCCAUCAAGCUCGACGCGUUCCUGCGGUCUUACGCGCCACGGCGCGUCAUCGUCGUCUCCGUCGGCCGGACCCUCGAGGCCUGGGCCGCGGGGUUGCGGGCCCACGCGCGCGCGCCCGAGGCCGUCGAGGCCGUCGAGUGGCGGCCGUCGAAGCGCCAGCACGCCGAGGACUGCCCGCCCCAAAUUCUCUCGAAGGACUGCGUGCGGGCCUUCGCCUACGGCGACGCGAGGGCUAGGCAGCGCGUCCGCCUCCGCGUGCCCGACUGGGACGACGCGAGGGAUACGUUCGUCGCUUAAAUUGUAUUUAUGUGGUCCGCAGCGGCGGCGACACGAGGAUGAGCGCGUCGCCGCGGACAAAAAGCAUCUCGAUCUGCCGCUUCGACGUGCGGAUGAUCUCCUCCUCCGUCUCCUGGUCGACCUCCUGCGUCGUCACCGUCUCCUCGACGUCGCCGAGCACCAUGUUCAGGUGGUUAUCGUACGCGUGGAGCUUGCCCCGCAGUUCCCUAUCUCCCUGGCAUUUCACGUAGAUGCGCUCGUCGAUGGAAAGCCGGAUGAGGUCCAACGGUUCUCGGCACUCGCUGGACAUUUCUGCGCAGCGAUUUAUUGCUUUGGGUGCUUACUGCUGUUUGAGAUCGUGGCGCCUCUGCGUGCAGCGAGAGCUGACUGGUGGGUGCACUGCGGGGCUGGUAGGCGUGUCAGAACGAGUGAUGCGCAGCUAUGGCGCUGUUAAACUGCAAAAAACAGCACAGGCGCGGGCAGGGGAAAC